UGCGUCAUUAAGUUGUUUACCCGCUACAAAUAACUACCACGAGAAGAAGAAUAAAAGGCACCAAAGAAGAGCUACAUCCAAAGAUGGAACCAUCAAAAACCACAAAGAAAAAACCACGACGCUUUUGUGGACACUGUGACAAUGAACUUUCUCAGUCCCAAUACUUUCACCAUAAAAAACUUUACUUCAGUAACGGAGCUUGGAACAGAAAUCCCAAGAGUUCAGAUGCUCAAAACAAGCCGUGGAGGUUUACGGAUCUUACAAAUGACGUGGUUGGGGAGCUUGAGAGCGAUGGAAAAAUAGAGAAGCUUACUGAAGAGUUUGAAGAAAGUGAAGAAAUGCAGCUACCAACUACAGUCGAUGAUUCAACGACUUAUGACCAAAGCUUUCAUCUUUUCCUUGAUUCAGAUUCUCCACCAUAUGAAGAGCCACAACCGCCCUGCUUUGUGGAGAGUCCUCUGGGAAUUCCAGCCAACUCUACGCCUGCAGACUGUAAAACAUUAUUGUCUGCUAUCAGCGGAUUGUCUUGCUUAGUAACCCAGCUAUCUGAAAACCUUUACCACAGACUUGGUUCUAUGGAUGAGAAGUUUUUUUCCCUCGAACAAAGGCUCUCCGUCUUGGUGGAAAAAUGGGAGAGAGGUUCUGGUAUAGUAGAAACGCACCAAAAAAGACGACGCUGCAAAAAUACCAAACUUGCGGAAGCAGUUCGACGUUUUCACAAUUCUGACACAAACACCAGUCGCUAUCAGCCAGAUCAAGGACUUAAUUCUUCUCACAAUCUAGCAGUUACAUCGGUCCUACUCCAAACUUUGAAGGCAAAUCCGGAUUUCCAGUGUGUGGAAAGCUGUGACAUCAUUUCUGCUUGUAAGACAUAUUUUGAGACUGUAAGAAGAAACUACAGGUACCAGCAACCAGAUCGUGAAGCUAAGGCUGUCUCAAUAAAGAAUUUGGCCAGGAGCCGACAAAGAAGAAUGAGACUUCUGGCAGCGAGGCAGAGUGUGAUAAAAGACGAGGAGCGUGAGCUCUGGCGUGGCGUCACUGUGGACCUGAUGUCUGAUGAGGAGGAUGGCGUGUCGGAGGGCAUAUUUGGGUGGCUUGUGCGUCGUCCCUCAUUUCGCAGCCAGGAACUCGGUGACCUGUGCGGAGUGCUUCAAAGCAGACUGAGUGUCUGUCCAAAGUACGCUGCAAGACAUCUGCGGCGGCUGCGUGAUGGAGCCGAGUCUGACAGACUGCCGCCUACCAGCUACAGCGCCGAGGCAGCAAGAAGACAUUUUGUCCCAGAGUUUAUGCCUCGAAUUCUGUUAUAACCUGUGUGACGUUUUGGUCAAUAAAAAAACAUUCAACUUUG